GUAUGUGCUUCGAAGUUCACUUCAUGUAGAAUCAAUCAACAAACCUGGUGAUGUAUAUAACCAGGGGGUGACAUGUUCUGGAUGUUCUUCGCAUAAUGUUAUUCUGGGCAUGCCUACAUCACACUGAGAAACGUGUGUUUCGUACUGCAGGAAAAAAUCAUAUUUUUCUUGAGUCUUGCCCAAGGACACGGCUAACCCCCCAACCAACCGAUUGGUGGUCAUCUGUUCACCCCUGUGACCUGACAACAAUGGUUCUGACUGUAAGCCCGAGGAGGAGGAGCGUUUCAGAGGAAAAUUUAGUUCGGGUCAAUUCGGCUCUACUCGGUACACGCGUCAUCAUCCCGGAAGUAUGUGUUAACAGAGAUGCCUUCUCCCAGUUGAUAGUCGUAGCCUGGCAGAGCCAGCUGCAGGGAGAUUGAGAGCUCCCCGAACCCGAACGCUUUCCUCGGCAGAAGCAGGUGAUGCAAAGCGAGCGGAGGCCAGUGAACAGUUAGCAGACAGACAUGGAGCCUGGACGCGGGGGUGCGGGCAGCCCUGCCAGUGCUACAGACUCGAACCGUGAUGGCAGCUGAGGCGGUGACCACCAGCAGGAGUUUUUCGGCCCCUCGCAGCAUUUCCACCUGGAGGCAAAGUGAAGAAGACGUCGUCCCCUGGUUCCGGCCGACAGCAAGCCGGGUCUGGAGAACCUCACCUGUUUGUUCACAGCGCGGCGGGAGCGGCAGCGCUGCUCUGGUUUCUGCACGGCUAGCUGUCAGGUUAGCAUGAGCGGCUGAGCGGAACUGCUGACCCGGCGUUUGGGUGGUCAGGAGGCUGCGAUCAGCCCUUGAACCGCGGAGCCUCGCGCCUGUGGUGGAGGGAACAUGGUGAAGGUGUGAGCGGGUGUCCUGUGUGGCCUCGUGGCGUGACGGACGGACGGAGAGGUUGGGAUCUCGGGGACAGCACCUUGAACGACGAGUCCUGCCCGCAGGCGUGCAGAUUCCGUAAAGGAUGAUUUGCUGAUGGAGAAUGUCCAGCCGGUCCCAAGCCUCCCCCUCUGCAGGCUGUGAGGCCUUUGGUCUAAGCGGGUUUUGGUGGAAUGAUGCGUCCUGAGGUUUCAGACUGCUUGGCCUUUUCCUGACCAGCAGGCGGGAUGAUAUGAAGUUCCUGCCCAGUUGAGGCGGGUUCCUCUGUGCGGGACAGUCACUCGGCCUUCGUCACCGUGGGGUCAUGGUUCGCAAAAAAGGCUCGCUCAUACUGUGCAGCGCUUUCCUGUUCGUCGCCUGGAAUGCUUUGCUUCUGCUCUAUCUUUGGGGUCGUCCUCCUAUCGGCCGUCUCGGAGAGCUGGGAGGGGCCGAACCAGGAGGGAAGGAAGCGUGGGCCGCGGGUGGAGGCAAACCGGGCGGGGUCAACCUUGCUGGGGAGUUGAUCCGGGUGGCGGAAGAGGUUGAGGAGCAGUUUGAAACCCAGAAGAAGCUUUUGCAGCAGAUAGAGAGGCAGAGGGCUGGUUGGGCUCAGCAGAGGGCUGUGGAGAGAAGGGAAUCUGAGGAUGCGAGCAGAGUCAAGGAUGUGGCCAUCCAGCAGCCACCAAGAACGUCAGGACCAAUCAAAACCAACAUGGCUGUCGGUGAGCAGAAACGUUCACAGCGAACUGGACCAACAGCAGGUCUUGGUGUUGACUCACAGAACCCCCAAGGGAGCAUCAGAGACCACAAGGCAACCCCUUCCAGCCCGGAGCCCGUCAUUCCCAUCCUGGUCAUCGCUUGUGACAGAGUUACUGUCAAACGCAGCCUCGACAGGCUCAUCCAGUACCGGCCCUCACCAGAACUGCAUCCUAUUAUUGUGAGCCAGGACUGCGGCCACGCUGAGACGGCACGCGUGAUCGGCUCGUACGGCGCUCAGGUGACGCACAUCCGUCAGCCGGACCUAGCCGACAUCCGAGUUCGGCCAGAGCACCGCAAGUUUCAAGGCUACUACAAAAUCGCCCGGCACUACCGGUGGGCGCUCAACCAAGUGUUCCACACCUUCUCCCAGCCCACCGUGGUCAUCGUGGAAGACGACCUAGAGGUGGCACCAGACUUCUUUGAGUAUUUUCGGGCCCUGUAUCCCAUCCUAAACGCCGACCCAACUCUGUGGUGCGUUUCCGCCUGGAACGACAACGGCAGAGACGCCUUGGUGGACCCCUCCAGGCCAGAGCUCCUGUACAGGACAGACUUCUUUCCAGGUUUGGGCUGGAUGCUGCUGAAGGAGAUGUGGGACGAGCUGGAGCCCAAAUGGCCCUCGGCCUUCUGGGAUGACUGGAUGCGGCAGCCGGAGCAGCGCAGGAACCGCUCCUGCAUCCGGCCCGAGAUCUCCCGGACCAUCACCUUUGGCCGCAAAGGUGUUAGUUUAGGUCAAUUCUUCGACCAGUACCUUCGUUACAUUAAGCUAAACACAGAGUUUGUGCCUUUCAUCAAGCAGGACUUGUCUUAUCUGCUAAAGGAGAAGUACGACGAGACUUUCAUUACAGAGGUUUAUAGUGCCACUCUGGUAAAGAUGGAGCAGCUGCAGCAGACGGGGACUCUGUCGGGACCAGGCCCCUACAGGGUGCAGUACUCCAGCAGGGAGAGCUUCAAAGUGUUUGCCCGGACUCUUGGGGUCAUGGACGACCUCAAAUCUGGAGUUCCUCGCACGGGUUACAGGGGCGUGGUCAGCUUCCUGCACCGGGGUCGGAGGGUGUUCCUAGCGCCCCCCGAAGGCUGGACACAGUACAACACUAGCUGGAGCUGAGACUGGUUUGGAGUCCAGACUGUGGAGGAGGAAAACCCUCGCCAGGCCAAAGAAACUCGAUAGAAAAGAAGAAAAGGUCCGAGCUUCUGAGGUACAAUCGUGCCUUGAUUUCCUGGUCCUUUUUGGAGCUUAUGUUUAUAAUAAAAAUGGGAAGAUGCAGACACUUGUAGCAACCGGAAGGACUCGGACAGGACAGGUCCUCCUCUCAAACGUGAAGUUUCUUUACAGAACCAGCUGUGCAGCAGCGUCCUGUCGGUCUGUGACGAUGUCCGUUCAGCUCCUAUCUUACAAGGGGGACGGUGGAUCAGUUCUAACACAGAACAACCUUUUUAAAAGCCGUUUGUUCUGGUUUUGUAAAACAGACCUCAGAAAAACAAAACCAAAGUUUAUGUUUUGAGUAAAGAAAUUUGUUCCAGGAUUAUGAACUAAAGGUUGGAAGGAAAAAAUAUAUAUAUUUUUUCUCCUUUGUUUCUCAAGUGCCACAUUUGUCAGGUUGAUCGGUGCUUCUCAUGGACUCUUCCUCACUUUCCAUCUCAACUAUAAGAUUGGAUUGAGACCUAAACUGUUUUCUAACUUUGCUAUUGAGGUGAUUUCUCAAAGAAAAAGCUUUGAUCCCAUUUUAUUUGGCAGAGGGAUGCAGGAGCAACAUGAAAUAUGAUUGAGAUUGAAUUUAGCUCAUUUUGUUCCCAUCAUGCACCGUUCAUUGCAGCUUUUCCGGUUUCCUUCUUUUGACUCCAAGCGGUUUUCUUUCAACGUGUCCCUCAGAGGUCAGCCAACACCUCCUGUUGGGAACCAGUUUCCUGCUGAUUCUUUGAUUAAGAAUAUAUCAAGCAUUUUUUCACUCAUUCCAACAUGCUGAGGUAUGUUUUACAAACACAGAAGGUUCAGCUGUGAAAUAAAUGUCUUUUUUUAUCAUGUGAUCAUUUGCUGCGAUGACUCAUUCUUUUGUGACGCCGAUAAGAACGAGAGUGGCGCCAAAAACAUCAGGAAGUCAUCAUUUGAAAGCAGGUGAAAGUGGAAUGAUGGGUAAAAACAGGUGAAAGGAAGUCGGGGUCCAAAGCUGACCUCCAAGAAAGAGCAGCGAACGCCUGCUGUGACGGGGAGGUUCAGGUCUGUUCUCAUUCUGCUUUUGACCUCAAACCUCUGAAUUUUACUAAGCUGGACUGGGUCCAGGUCCCAGCAGAGAAGCUUGAAGGUUAUAGGCUGAAGAAUUGAUCACAGCAGAAUCAAACUGAUACCAUGAAAAACCACUGCCUGGUCUGUUUGUAACUUUACUACAGCAUUAUUAAAGCUAAGUAUUUUGAUAAUGGACAGAA